UGGACUGCAGUCGCAAAGCUCCCGCUGCCCAAUGCAGUCGACCAAAAAGGCAACAAAAACUAAAAAUCAAUAAAAAAAAUUGAUAAUUCCAAGGCGCAACUGCAUUUAGGAACGUGAACCAAAAGGCCAUGAAGUGGGAAAACUAUUGUGAUUUUGUCGCAGGCUGUGUUGGUGGGGCUUGCGGCGUGCUGGUGGCGCAUCCGUUGGACACGAUCAAGACAUGGCAACAGGCGUCGAACACGUCCGUCAUGACGGCCCUCCAUCAGAUCUACACGCGGAACAAUGGGAUCAACGGUUACUACAGGGGCAUGCUCUUCCCGCUGAUGUCGACGGGCGCCAUUAACUCGAUUCUGUUCGGCAUCUACGGCAACCAUUUGCGGCAGCUGCGGCGCGUCUGCCACAGCGACUACCAGCGGGAGCAGCUCGAGUAUCACAACAUGUUUCUGGCUGGCUCGGUGGCCGGGUUCGUUCAGUCCUUCAUCGCGUGCCCCAUGGAGUUGAUCAAGGUGCGACUGCAGACGCAUUGCUACUACAACGACUAUAUCUAUGGCCAGCGUAGAACAGCCUUUGGCACCUUCAAGCGCAUACUGAAGAACGACGGCAUCUCGGGUUUAUAUCGCGGACUGCUGCCCAUGAUGUGCCGUGAUGUGCUGCCUUAUGGCAUCUAUAUGCUAGUCUAUCGCCAGGCGUCUCAUUAUAUGGAAAGUUCGGAUUUUGUGCGCAAGCAUCGAACGCCGUCGAAUGCAAUCAACAUUAAUUUACUGAUCACAACGUUUGCUGGCGCCUGGGCUGGCGUGUUGUCGUGGGUGUGUGUGAUACCCUUCGAUGUGGUCAAAACGAUAAUGCAGGCGGAUGAGAAUCACAAGUUUCGUGGCAUAAUGCACUGUGUUCUGGUCAAUUAUAGAGCGUAUGGCUGGCGGAGUAUUUUUCGUGGCAGUUGGAUGCUGUUGGCGCGUGCGAUACCCUUCAAUGCGGCCACGUUUUUGGGCUAUGAGUAUUCGCUGGAGUUGUGUCAUAAUUAUUAAAAAGCAAAUAAACGAG